ACCAAUAACAAUAAUCCUCCCAGCUUCUUCAAUAAAUACCCCCUUAAGCCCUUCUUCCGAGUCAUCACCGCUUGAAAGCACUGGAGCUGCUCAUACUGAAUAGCCCCGCCACCUCCGCCGGAGAUGGAGCUUCCGCCGUCCCCAUGGGUAACAUGCUCUGCAAUCCUCGCUCUCCUACUAGCCCUUAUCGUCAAAACAAUCACAAACAGUCGUCGUCAUCGGCCAAAACUACCUCCUGGUCCCUUUCCAUGGCCGAUCAUCGGAAACCUGAACCUCAUCGGCGCACUCCCCCACCGCUCCAUCCACGAACUCUCUAAGAACUAUGGCCCCCUCAUGCAGCUUCAAUUUGGUUCCUUUCCGGUAGUAGUGGGAUCCUCUGUUUCCAUGGCCCGUCUCUUUCUAAAAACUCACGACCUCGCAUUCGCCGGCCGCCCUAAAACUGCUGCCGGAAAGUACACGGACUACAACUACUCCGACAUCACGUGGUCGCCUUAUGGACCUUACUGGCGUCAAGCACGUAAGAUGUGCAUCACUGAGCUCUUCAGCCCUCGAAGCCUCGACUCCUACGAGCACAUUCGCUCCGCCGAACUGCGCGGGCUUCUCCGCCGCAUCUUCGACGCUGCGUGCAAGCCCAUCCAUCUCAAAGACCACCUCACCACUCUAAGUCUCAAUGUCAUAAGCCGCAUGGUCUUGGGCCGCUGUUAUCUCAACCCCACUGCCGAGGAACAGGAUGCGCCGCCACACCCCGUGUCUCCGAAGGAGUUCAAGACGAUGCUUGACGAGCUUUUCCUCCUCAACGGCGUGCUUAACAUCGGCGAUUCAAUCCCAUGGAUAAACUUUCUCGACCUGCAAGGCUACAUUCGUCGGAUGAAAACCGUUGGCCAAAAAUUCGAUCGAUUCAUGGAGCACGUUUUGGAAGAGCACAUUGGCCGACGGGUGAAAGAGGGGGAUAAUUUUUCGCCCAAAGAUAUGGUUGAUGUCCUCAUUCAAUUCGCGGAAAAUCCAACCCUCGAUGUCAAGCUCGACAGGAACAGCCUCAAGGCUUUCUCUCAGGACCUAAUCGCGGGGGGCACAGAGAGCUCUGCAGUGACGGUGGAGUGGGCAAUGUCGGAGUUGUUGAGGAAACCGGAAGUCAUAAAGAAGGCGGCAGAGGAGCUCGAUCGCGUCAUCGGAAGGGAGCGGUGGGUGGAGGAGAGAGACGUGCAGGACCUCCCGUAUAUCGAAGCCAUCGUGAAGGAGACGAUGCGGCUGCACCCCGUAGCACCCAUGCUGGUUCCUCGCCAAGCUCGAGAGGACGUGGUGAUCGACGGCUACGAUAUUCCGGCCGGCACGCGCAUCAUCGUCAACACCUUCACCAUUUCUCGGGAUCCUUCCAUUUGGGAAGAGCCGGAGGAAUUUAAACCGGAGAGGUUUAUCGGUCGGGAAAUAGAUGUGAAGGGGCAUCAUUUCGAGCUUCUGCCAUUCGGGUCAGGGAGGAGGAUGUGCCCUGGCUACACGCUGGGACUCAAAGUGAUUCAGUCUAGUCUGGCUAACAUACUUCAUGGCUUCAACUGGCGCCUGCCGGAUGGGAUGAAGGGGGAGGAGCUCAGCAUGGAGGAGAUAUUUGGGCUUUCGACGCCGAAGAAGGUGCCGCUCGUUGCUGUGGCAGAGCCCAGGCUGCCCCAGCACAUCUAUUGAGUGGAAAUGAGUUUUGGUGAGGGCAUAAUCAUUUGUGUGAUAGUUAUUUUGAGAUUAUAAAUAAAUAAUAACUCUAAAAAAAUUAAUGAAAUUUCGCGAGAUCAGAAUGAUAUUUGUUUGCU